CGUAUUUACGGUAACUUCAUGCCGUACUCCAACACGGAAGUCAGAGGUUCAACCAUGUCGGUGACAGGGAGCGACUACAAACGUGUGAGCCAUGUCAUAUUCGACAUGGAUGGAUUGUUAUUAGACACCGAGCGACUGUACACGGUGUCCUUCCAGGCAGUGUGUGACCGCUUUGGAAAGGAAUACACAUGGGGAGUGAAGUCCAAAGUUAUGGGUGCAAAAGCUUUGGAUGCAGCUCAAACAAUCCGAGACACUUUGGAGCUUCCUAUGUCGGCAGAGGAACUCCUCGCUGAAACCAGAGAAAUACAGGAGAGGAUAUUUCCUUCAGCCAAACUCAUGCCAGGUGUGGAGAGGCUGGUGAACCAUUUGAAGAAGCAUGGUAUCCCGAUCGCCGUAGCCACCAGCUCAGCAAGUGCGACGUUCAAGUUGAAGACAAGCCAGCACAAAGAUUUCUUUGCUAUGUUCAACCACAUUGUCCGGGGAGAUGACCCUGAGGUGAAAAAUUCCAAACCCCAGCCUGACUCCUUCCUGGUCUGUGCCAGCAGAUUCAAGCCCCCGGCUUCUCCAGAUACUUGCUUGGUAUUCGAGGAUGCUCCCAACGGUGUGAGGGCGGCCUUGGCUGCGGGGAUGCAGGUGGUGAUGGUUCCCGAUGAGAACUUGGACCCAGCUUUGACUCAGGAGGCUACACUGAAGCUUAAGAGCAUGGAGGAAUUUGAACCGCAGCUGUUUGGCUUACCGGCAUUUAUCUGAUCUUACUGCAAAGCUUGGUGGUUUGGCACUAUCUGGUUUUAUUUUAGCUCUUAUUUUAGGUAAAUGUUUCAAAGCUCUUGAACUAGGUGUUAUAUUUUACUCCCAAUGACAUUAGCCCCAAACAUCUCAAACUCAAGGUCGUCAGUUAUUUACGCAUCCAUUCCUAAACUUUUUUUGUCAUAAAAACAUUAGACAUAACUACCGUAUUUUCUGCACUAUUAGGCGCACUUAAAAACUUAAAAUUUACUCAAAAAACCACAGUGCGCCUUAUAAUGCAGAGUGCCUUAUAUGUGGAUC